AUGUAUGGCCUCAAUCCUCUACUGCGGGGCUCUUUGCAGUCCAGGACCAGAUCAAUAUUGAGGGCUGGCUGGGUUUGUAGCUCAUGCAGGGCAAGACCCAUACCGAAAGCUAGCUAUUCUGUCGAUACAAAAUCGAAAAAGCCAUACUAUGUGACCACACCAAUUUUCUACGUGAAUGCUGCGCCUCAUGUUGGCCACUUAUAUACUAUGGUCCUCGCGGACGUCUUCAAACGAUGGCAGGUUUUAAAGGGCGAUACGGCAAUCCUAUGUACAGGAACGGAUGAACAUGGCAUGAAAAUCCAACGAGCUGCUGCGCAAGCAGGAGCAUUGCCCAAAGAAUUUUGUGAUAUUGGCGCUGAGACGUUUAAGGAAUUGGCACAGCGAGCAGGACUUUCAAACGAUCAUUUUGUGCGCACGACUGAUCCAGAUCACAAGGAGACAGUUGAAUAUAUCUGGUAUAUGCUGAGGGAACGGGAAUAUAUAUACGAGUCGAAACACGAAGGAUGGUAUUGCGUCAGUGACGAAACUUUCUAUCCUGAAUCGGCUAUUGAGAAGAGGCUGGAUCCCUUUACUGGAAGAACAUUCAUUGCUUCUCAAGAGACUGGUAAGGAGGUUGAAUGGACAUCGGAGAAGAAUUACCAUUUUCGAUUAUCUGCUUUCAAGGACCAACUGCUUGAGUUUUACGGGAAGAAUCCCGAUUUUGUUGUCCCAAUGACUCGAAUGAAGGAUGUUGUCAACCAAGUAUCUAGGGGCUUAGAAGACCUUUCAAUAUCCCGUCCCUAUGAUCGGUUAAGCUGGGGUAUUCGAGUUCCAGACGAUGAGACUCAGACUAUAUACGUAUGGCUCGAUGCGCUGGUCAACUAUAUUACAAAAGCCGGCUAUCCAUGGGCGCCAGGGAAGGAAGCUGCAGGAGGAUGGCCUGCAGAUGUACAAGUUAUUGGAAAGGAUAUUGUUCGAUUUCAUUGCAUAUAUUGGCCAGCAUUCCUUCUCGCUCUGAAUCUACCACCACCAAAGCAAAUAUUGACCCACGCCCACUGGACAAUGGACAAUCAAAAGAUGUCCAAGUCAAUCGGAAAUGUCGUCAACCCACUUUUUGCAAUGGAUCGAUUUGGGGUCGAUGUGAUGCGAUACUAUCUUAUUCACGACGGUGGAAUCAAGGAAGACUCCGACUACGGGAAUGAAUAUAUUGUUGAAAGAUACAAGAAAGGACUGCAGCAAGGUCUAGGUAAUCUUGUCAGUCGAUUAACCAGACCAAAAGUAUGGAAUGUUCGUUCUUGCGUGGAAGCCACACACUUUAAAGGCUCGAGCAAUCCGAACACUACAACUAGUCGACAGAUUGACUUCCUGAACAGCGUUCGCGAUAAGGCCAAUGAGAAAAUGCAAGAGCUAAAUGCAGGAGCAGCUUUGCAUGUUAUUAUGGAUACCGUAUACGAAACCAACAAAUACAUCCAAAACGAAGCACCCUGGAGUCUCGCCAAAUCCGAAGAUCCAGAUGCGAAAGAAAAACUCGUAAGCGCUGUAUAUCAUUCCGCAGAGGCAAUUCGCAUCGUUGGUAUUCUCCUCCAGCCAUACAUGCCGGCAAAAGCAUCGCUAUUACUCGAUAUGAUUGGUGUAAUACCAGAGCGUCGAACAUAUGAAUAUGCGAUACUGGGUGCCGAUCCUUCUUAUGGUGAUGCGCAGGCUCCGUUAGGCAAGGGUGCGUGGGAUGGGCUAUUCCCUCCUUUGGCUAUUGAGAAAUGA